AUGUCCGUAAAGCAGACGAUCUUCCUCACUGGCGCAACAGGCUACAUCGGUGGAUCCGUCCUUUGGCGUCUCCUCAACCAUAAGGACGCGAAGAACUUCAAUAUUAACUUGCUCGUUCGCGAUCCUUCAAAGGCAAAACUUCUUCAGGAGAAGUUCGGUGUUGAAGCCAUCGUUGGAAGUCACUCGGAUGCAGACAAGAUUGAGGCACUCGCGGAACAGGCGGACUGUAUCAUCGCUACGGCGGAUGCAGACAACCUCGGAGCUGCGAAAGCUAUUUUCCGCGGCAUGAAGAAGUAUUACAAGAAGAAUGGGAAAGCUCCAAUCUAUAUCCACACUUCUGGGACGGGUGUUCUCUCCGACAAUGCAGCUGGAAUGUAUGCAUCCGAGAAGAUAUACGAUGACUCCAAAGUCGAGGAUAUCGAGUCUCUAGAUCCAAAGACACAAAUACAUCGUGAGAUUGACAUGGAGGCUGUUUCAGCCGAUCAAGCAGGUUAUGCCAGGACCUACAUCAUCCUCCCAUCCAACGUCUAUGGCAUAGCGAAGAACGGUCUUACGGAAGCUGGCGUUCAGAACCCACACUCGAUUCUGAUUCCCGUGCUGGUUCGUGCAAGUAUUGACCGCGGACAGGGAGGUAUGGUUGGUCUGGGCAAGAAUAAGUGGCCCAAUGUGCAUAUUGACGAUGUUGCCGACCUGUACAUUGUCCUGUUUGAUAAGAUCCGUGCUGACGUGAACAGUGUCCCUCAUGGGCGCGAGGGCUUCUACUUUGGUGCUUCAGGCGAACACGAUUUGUACGAAGUCGGCAAAGCAGUUGCCCAAGCCCUUGUUGAGCUUGGACGAGGCAAGAGCCCCGAGCCGACUACGUUUACUAAGGAGGAACUCGAUAAAUACUUCGGCGGUUCUGCUGUCACGGUAAUGGGAUCAAACUCGCGCUGUGUCGCCAACCGCUCUCUUGCACUUGGUUGGAAACCCAAACAUACGACGAAAGACUUCCUUGCCUCGGUUAAGCCAGAAAUUGAAGCGCUCAUUGCAGCAGGUAAACACACGCAGGAAGAAAACAGGAAAUUGAUUGAAGCGCUCAUGGCAGCAAGGGUGAACAAUCAGGAAAACAAGAACUACUAA